UUCAGUAGUAUGUUGAAUGGCAAUAUGGCAUGCAUAUGACACCGGGUUUGUUGUCGUUCAAGUGCACUGUUUAUUAGAAUUUGUUUUGGUUAUAUAAUCGAGUAAAAUGUCGCAUGUGCAGUACGUUGAUGAAUUGGUUAAAGAGUACCUUCUUUUUCGAGGCUUUAGUCAAACACUUAAGGCAUUUGACAAUGAACUCAAAGCAGAAAAAGAGAAAGGUUUCAGGGUCGAUAAGAUUGUUGAUCAGCUGAUGCAGUAUAUUUAUACGUUUGAUUUAAUGUCAUUACGAGAACUCUGGGGACAUUUAGAUAUUCGAAUGUUUUCACGAUUAGAAAGUCACUUUGUUCCAAGUGUUAGGAAGUUAGAGAAUGCCGUGUUAAAGAUGUACCUGGUGAAUGCAACAGUGAAUAAUAAACAAGAACGUGUGCAUGAGUUUUUUACUAAAAUGACUCCAGAAUUACAAGGGCAUUCAGAAUGGAAAGAAUGGUUUGCAUUGCCAUUCACAAAAAACCCUGAGGACAACCCAACAUACUCUGUUCAUUUUACCAAGCAGUGGCAGGAUACGAUGCUAGUCUCAUUGCACAAUUUUCUCGCAACAAUAUUCCAAUGUAUGCCACAGCCCACACUUCUUACCAUUGAUGAGGAUGUUAACAAGUUGAAGCGUCUACAGGAAGAAAACGAAGCUCUCAAGCAGUGUCUCAGUGAAGCUACCAAGAUUGAAAAUAUCUCGGAUGUCAACCCUGGGUCUACGCCACAACAUCCACCAAUCAUGGACGAUUUUUAUAUUAUUGCUCAAGAAUCUCCACUUAUGGAGAAUCCCAAAACACUUCGGAAUUUGAUUAAGAAUAUUGGCGGAGGUUCCAGUCCCAUUCUGCAUCGAAAGAGUCUUUCAACGACUAAAAAACAACUAGAGGCAGAUGCAAUAUCCACAAAGAGAGCAUGUACCAAAGGAAGAAUCAAUUCCUUGAAUAAAAGUGAUGUUGUGACUAAGAGAAGUAUGAGCUGUGACUCAAGAUUAACAAGAAAACGAGAUUUUUCAAUUGAGUCGACAGUUGAAAGGAAAGCCAAAGAUAAAAUUGAAUCCAAUUACAUCCUUCUAAGUCAGGAAGAAUAUACGGAACAUAAGACAUCAAUAAUCCAGUGCAAAAGUAAUACCAGUGGAUCAUAUGUAGCAACUGGUGAUGCGGAUGGUAUUAUCAAAGUAUGGACUCCAAUACCUUCACCAAAAACCGUUGGAACAUUUACAUCAUCUAUGUUAAAUGCAAACAAAGCUGUUACUUCGUUGGAUUGGAUUUCAAAAAAUGAAAGAUAUUUUUUGCAUGGAGAUAAUAGUGGCUCAAUCCAUCUUCAUGAUACGAGAGACUGUAAAACAUUGUGGGAAAUUCAACAUGAGGGCUCACGGAUCGUUACGCUGGCUUGUAACCCUUUAGAGUCGACAUUUAUCUGCUCUGUGACGGAUUCCAAUGAGAGUAAACUUCUACUCUACGAUGUCAAGACAAAGAAGCUGGAAAGAACAUUACCAAUCGAUGGGAAUCUGACUGCAUUGUGUUCUGUUUUCAAUCACAAUGGCCAACUACUGAUAACGGGAUUAUCAAAUGGAAAUUUACUGAUACAUGAUCUUAGAAAGAAUGAAAUAAUAGACAAUCUUACCUGUCAUUCAAGUCCGAUAAUUGAUAUUGAAUUGAUAAAUGAUUAUACUAAUAUUUGCAUCUUAAGUGAAGAUGGUAAAUUAUGUCAGAAGAGCUUAAACCAAACUGCAAAAGUAAUGUGGGAAACAAAAAUCAAGAUUGAAAAAAAUGCAGUACAUGGGAAAAUGUUUACAUUUGAUCAGAGUGGAAAUCACAUGCUACUCUGCACACAAUCAGGAGGAAAUAUUUACAAAAUGCCACCAGGUGCUCAAGCAAAAAUCCUAGAACUUGGUGGUCAUAAAGGAACAUUAUGUUGUGACUGGUCUACUGCCAAUCAAUCCGGAACAUGUAUUACAGGUGGAGCCGAGGGUAAAGCAAGAGUUUCUACCCUUCUUUCGCCAUGAUACAAAACUAAAAUUAGCCUUUGUAUAAACUCUUAAUGAAUUUGGCAAAGAUGUUGAGAUGAUAUUUUUGACUUUUGACUGAUAUAGUGCACAUAAUUGUAGAUAAUGUAAUAAAACCUUUGUAAGACUUAUGUAUAUAA